CUACCUCCCCUGUAAUAAAUAGUCAAAGAUGCAUCAUGUGAAAAUACUGCGUCUGGGCUUUGAGACCAUAUGCUGACACUGAGAAUCUGAAAUGGGCUGACUCAUGGGUCUUGUGAAUUUUUUCUUCAUUGUCCUGAUUAAUAAGGUUAGUUGAAGUCAAGUUAUGAGAAAAUCAGUUGAGAAAGGAUGGAUGAUUUUCCUUUCUUUUCAGAAAAUACCACCCAGUAUUUAAUUACACAUGCUGUAUUUAUAACAACAAGGCAAUAUUUUUGUUUGACUUUACUGAGAAGAGUAGUAUUUUGAAAAUUCUUUUAUCUUUCUAAGAAAGCAGGAUAUUUAAAAAUAUUAUCAGGCUCUAACUAGCUGUGUAUCCCCAACCCCACUAGAGUGGCCAUUUUGACUAGAAACAAAGUUGGAUAAGGGAUGAGGUCAUGGCACCUUGAACCUGAAAACCAAAAUUGAAAUCCUGGCUGUCUGUUAAUGGCUGUGAAAUCUUGGGUAAGGGGCUCUAAUUUUCUGCACCCCCUAGAAUAUCAAAGAGAAACAGUUGGCGAGGCCUUCAGCACACAUGCAGCAAAUAUCCACAGAUUUGUCAACUGCUUUCUUGGGGAUGGCCAACCACAGCAUUUCUAAACUCGCCCAAUACGCGUUGCGAGGGUCCUCCGAACAGCUGGCUGGAGAGUUUAGAACGCGGUACUGGACAUUCGCUUUCGCUUGUUUUUUCAACCAAGAGAAGCAGGUGCGAGAGAGUCUGGGGCUUGGGAGAUGGGAGGCGGAGAAAGGGAAUUCGCUUGGUCUGAGUUUAGAAACAGCAAGUGCUCCUUACAGAUUACACUGGUGCGGCAAACGUCAGUGCAAAGCACUGUUCAUCCGAAACUUAGAAAACUCGGAACAGAAAACACCCGCCCAGGCAAUUUGUGCUCUUGCCGAACUGCCUCUAUGGGCUGAGUUACAUUUGCACCCUAAGGCUGCAAAUGUCCAAGUUCUCCCCAGAGGGAUCCUCAGAAGGACAAGGACACUAAGAGGGGAUCUAGAGUGGGAGAUGUCUGCGAUUCCGAAAGAGCAACGUUCUGGCCUCAGAAAUGAAAAGACUCCAAUUUUUACCACGACUUCCUUGGUCAAUCCAGAGUCAAACGAUUGUACUGAAUCUCAAGCCUGGAGCAGGGAUGGCCCAACCGGGCGUCUACGGCGGAAGCUAGGGGGCGGCGGGGUUGAGGAUGACAGACGCGGCUGCUCAAAUCUCUGGUUCCCGCUGCCUAAAAAGUUGCUCCCCCUCUUUCCCAAUGCUGUUGCUUUUUCUCUUCGUGAUCCCCACCCCCUGCCUCUUCCUUCUCCUCCCCUACCCCCAGCCCCGUCCGCUAUAUUAGUUGCAGUCCCUCCGGAUGUUUUAAGUCAACAAAAAAGCGCUGGGCAGGGUCAGCUGGGAGCCAAGGCGGGCAGAUUUGGGGCACGCCAUCCCCUUGGUGUCACAUGUGUUGGGGUCCUAAGAAGGCCUCCCGCCAGGGACCGGGAGAACUAG